AACGUUCUCUUCAGUCCCGAGGAUGCUCAUCUCCUCCCACAAUCUUGCUUCUGCAGCCAACAAUUUUCCCUUCUCAGAUCCUAAUUUCAGAUUCCAGUUUCCCAUUUCCAAGCAAUUACCCACUUUCUCUCGAUCUUUCCGUAUAGUAUGUGCGAAGAAGGGCAAGAGAACCGGCAAGCUGAGGUACCCAUCGGAGAAGAAGAAAUUGAGGCCACAACAGCAGGAUUCAGUGGAUGCGGAAAGAAAAUUGCAAGGCGUAUGGAGGAUUUCGGGGCUCGGUGUUUCUGUACAGGAUGACCCUGGGAAAGAUUUCUGGGGAGUGUCGGGGGCAUUGCUUCAAGAGAUUGCUAAGAUUCUCGAAUUCCCGGUUGCUUCAAUGUUGCCGGCAGAGGCGUUCACUGUGGUUAGGAAAUCAUUUGAUGCGAGGAAGCAGCAGCGGGAGUUAAAGUUUGUAUAUACUGUGGAUAUGGAUGUUCACACACUCCUGAGCCUCGAGCCUCGUACGUGGGAGUUUGUUUCAGGAUUGGAACCGAAAACGGGAUGCCUAGAAUUGUUGCAUCACAACAGAGUUUCGGGUGAUGUGAUGAGUGUGAUAUGUGAUCACCAGAAACUAAACGCAACUGCAUCUUCUAGAAAAGAUGUCCGCAGAAAUCAAGGUGUGGGAGCCUCUGCUGCAAGAAAACCCAAAGUUGUAGUUGUUGGCAGUGGCCCCUCGGGUUUGUUUGCUUCUCUUGUGCUUGCUGAAGUUGGUGCCGAUGUAACACUGCUGGAAAGAGGGCAGCCGGUUGAAAAACGAGGCCGUGAUAUUGGCGCUUUGGUGGUCCGUCGGAUUCUACAAUUAGAAAGCAAUUUUUGCUUUGGCGAGGGUGGUGCAGGUACUUGGAGCGAUGGGAAACUUGUGACAAGAAUUGGAAGAAACAACAGCAGUGUUUUGACAGUUCUAAAGACAUUGGUCCGCUUUGGAGCUCCGAGCAGCAUAUUGGUUGAUGGGAAACCUCAUUUGGGAACUGAUAGAUUAAUUCCGUUACUCCGGAACUUCCGUCAGCACUUGCUAGAGAUGGGUGUUACUAUCAAAUUUGGGACUCGGGUAGAUGAUCUGCUGGUGAAGGAUGACCGAGUCGUUGGUGUUAAAAUAUCUGAUUCAAGUGACGGUUUUGAGCAUAGUUUCCAGAUGCUCGGGUACGACGCCAUAGUUCUUGCUGUAGGGCACUCUGCACGGGACACUUACCAAAUGCUUCUUUCACACAAUGUGGAUUUGGUUCAGAAAGACUUUGCUGUUGGGUUGCGGAUAGAACACCCCCAAGAAUUGAUAAACAAUAUUCAGUAUUCUGAAUUAGCCAACGAGGUUAACGCCGGGCGGGGUAAAGUACCUGUGGCAGAUUACCGAAUUGCCGAGUACAUCAAUCAACAAGAAAUGGGCGCGCCUUCUAAUUCGGAGCCAAUUAACCGUAGUUGUUACUCCUUUUGCAUGUGCCCGGGAGGUCAGGUCGUUCUCACCAGCACAGACCCGUCCGAGCUCUGCAUUAACGGCAUGUCGUUCUCGCGACGCUCGUCUAGAUGGGCGAAUGCUGCGCUUGUAGUGACCGUCACGUCCCCUGAUUUCAACUCGCUAAAUUUCCACGGACCUCUUGCCGGAGUACAAUUUCAGAAAACAUUCGAGCAAAAAGCAGCUGCGAUGGGCGGAGGCAACUUCGUCGUUCCUGUACAAACCAUUACAGACUUUUUGGACAACAAAUUGUCUGCAACGUCAGUACCACCGUCAAGCUAUCGAUUAGGCGUAAAGGCUGCGAAUCUUCGCCAUCUAUUUCCACCUCACAUCACCGAAGCUUUGCAGCGUGCGAUUUCUACGUUCGACCGAGAGUUGCCGGGAUUCAUCUCCGACAGCGCCCUUCUUCACGGAGUCGAGACGAGGACAAGUUCGCCCGUUCAAAUCUCGCGAAGAAGUGACACUUGGGAGAGUACCUCCCUCAAAGGGCUCUACCCCGUCGGAGAAGGUGCCGGAUAUGCCGGUGGAAUAGUGAGCGCCGCCGUGGAUGGAAUGCAUGCCGGAUUUGCUAUAGCACAGAAUCUCGGCCUCUGCGACGCGGGCGUCGUGGAGUCGAUGUUUGGAAAGGCUCAAACCGUUGGAGUCGUAAAGUAUUGACAUCGAUCUUGUUUUCGAGAUAAAUUAGUUGCUUGAUGUGAUAUUUUUAAUUGAAAAUUAAUAUAUUUGGAGAAAAUAAUGUAAAAAAUUUUGAGGUAAAAUAGUAAUUGAAUGUUAGUUAUUAAAAUAGUAAAAAUAUUAUUAAAAACUUUGUUUUAUUAUUUUUAAAGUAUUAUUGGAAAGAAUAAUAUAUUUUUAUUAUGAAUACUA